CAGAAUGGGAUUCAGUACAUACACGAGCGCACAGAAUGGGAUUCAGCACAUACACGAGAGCACAGAAUGGGAUUCAGCACAUACACGAGAGCACAGAAUGGGAUUCAGUACAUACAUGAGAGCACAGAAUGGGAUUCAGUACAUACUCAGAGCGCACAGAAUGGGAUUCAGUACAUACUCAGAGCGCACAGAAUGGGAUUCAGUACAUACUCAGAGCGCACAGAAUGGGAUUCAGUACAUACUCAGAGCGCACAGAAUGGGAUUCAGUACAUACAUGAGAGCACAGAAUGGGAUUCAGUACAUACACGAGAGCACAGAAUGGGAUUCAGUACAUACAUGAGAGCACAGAAUGGGAUUCAGUACAUACAUGAGAGCACAGAAUGGGAUUCAGUACAUACACGAGAGAGCACAGAAUGGGAUUCAGUACAUACUCCGAGUCAGAACACAGUGUGG